AUGGUCAUCGCUCGGGGUUUGAUCGAGCAAGCUAGCCGUAGCGACGUCAGACUCACUGCUAAAGUCAUGCGUCUUCACUUUCACGACUGUUUCGUAAACGGGUGUGAUGGUUCGGUACUAUUGGACGCUGCUCCUGCGGAUGGAGUAGAAGGUGAAAAGGAGGCUUUUCAAAACGCUGGUUCUCUUGACGGAUUCGAAGUGAUCGAUGAUAUCAAAACCGCACUCGAGAACGUUUGCCCUGGAGUUGUCUCGUGUGCCGAUAUCCUUGCUAUCGCAGCUGAAAUCUCCAUAUCACUGGCGGGAGGACCGUCAUGGGACGUAUUGUUAGGAAGGAGAGAUGGUCGGACAGCGAACCGUGGGGACGCGGUGGCUGCACUUCCACUAGGACCUGACUCUCUCGAUAUCCUUACUUCUAAAUUCUCCGUACACAAUCUUGACACUACCGAUCUCGUCGCUUUAUCUGGUGCUCACACCUUCGGGAGGGUUCAGUGUGGAGUGAUAAACAAUCGUCUGCACAAUUUUAGUGGUAACAACGGACAGUCCGAUCCGAGUAUUGAACCGGAGUUCUUGCAAACGUUGCGACGACAAUGCCCGCAAGGCGGAAGUCUCACCGCGAGGGUCAAUCUUGAUCCUACGAGCCCGGACUCAUUUGAUAACGACUAUUUCAAGAACCUUCAAAACAACCGCGGAGUAAUUGAAUCGGAUCAAAUCUUGUUUUCUUCGACGGGAGCGCCUACUGUGUCUUUGGUAAAUCGUUUUGCAGAGAACCAAAGUGAGUUCUUUAGAAAUUUUGCGAGAUCAAUGAUCAAGAUGGGAAAUGUAAGGACUCUCACAGGAACCGAAGGAGAGAUUCGUAGAGACUGCAGACGGGUCAAUUAA